GCUUUCGGCGGUGCGAUGCGGAUGGCGGUCGGUGCGGCAGCGGGCGAGGGGGCAGCGCAGAGCCCCGGCCCUGCCGCCGUGUCGCUGGGCUUGAGCGUGGCCGUGGUCUCCAGCCUGGUGAACGGCUCCACCUUCGUCCUGCAGAAGAAGGGGAUCGUGCGGGCCCGCGGGCGAGGUACUUCAUACUUAACAGAUAUAGUAUGGUGGUCUGGCACUAUUGCAAUGGCUUUGGGUCAAAUAGGGAAUUUCUUGGCCUACACUGCAGUUCCAACUGUGCUAGUGACGCCCUUGGGAGCUCUUGGCGUUCCAUUUGGGUCCAUUUUAGCUUCUUACUUACUGAAAGAAAAACUGAACAUUCUUGGCAAGCUGGGAUGUUUGCUGAGCUGCGCUGGGUCUGUUGUUCUCAUCAUCCAUUCCCCAAAGUCUGAGAGUGUAACGACUCAGGCUGAGCUUGAAGAGAAGCUUACAAAUCCAGUUUUCGUGGGUUAUCUCUGCAUAGUGCUGCUAAUGCUUCUCCUGCUUAUCUUCUGGAUAGCUCCAGCUCAUGGACCUACUAAUAUCAUGGUUUACAUCAGUAUUUGCUCUCUGUUGGGCAGUUUCACUGUUCCCAGCACAAAAGGCAUUGGGUUGGCUGCUCAGGAUAUCUUUCACAAUAACCCAUCGAGUCAAAGGGCUCUGUACCUCUGUCUAGUACUUCUGGCAGUAUUAGGAUGUAGCAUUAUAAUUCAGUUCAGAUACAUCAAUAAGGCACUGGAAUGUUUUGACUCCUCUGUGUUUGGUGCCAUCUAUUACGUCGUGUUUACCACCCUAGUCCUGCUGGCUUCAGCCAUCCUUUUCAGGGAAUGGAGUAAUGUAGGAGUGGUAGAUUUCUUGGGAAUGGCUUGUGGAUUCACCACAGUAUCUAUUGGAAUUGUUCUUAUACAAGUCUUCAAGGAAUUCAACUUCAAUAUUGGGGAUUUAAAUAAACCUAACAUGAAGACAGAUUAAAAUAUUUUUUGAGGGGAAACUGGAUGGCUCAGGGAAGGAUGCAGAGG